AUGCGCUGCUUAUCCAACCAGUUCCUGCCAGUGGUGACUCCUUGCCUUCGCUGCUUCGGCUCCUACGCUCGGAUUUCGUCCUAUCCGCAAGUUGCCGCUGCUCCCGCGGUUCUCCGCACUUCCGCGGCCCCCGCGGUUCUCCGCCACUACGCCUCCGCUUCCGCUUCCGCCUCGGCCUUCCCUUGGCGUUCCGCGAACCCUCUCUCUGCGCAAAUCGCAGCACCUGUAACAGCGUUCGCGAAACCCUCGCGAAACUCCUCAAGCGUCGCAUCGAUGGCGAGCGAAUCUGCAGCAGCGGCGGCCGAAGUGGUGAAAUCGAUGGAGAUCAGCGGUGGAGAGAAGGGUCAGGAGGGCAGCGUACGUGACCUGGUUGCCCAGCUCGUGGCACAGUCUCUGGCGAAAACUUUUCCCGACCUGCCCGAUCUGGAGCCGCUGGUUACCACGUGUAACAACCCCAAGUUCGGGGACUACCAAUGCAACAACGCCAUGGGCAUCUGGUCGCGCAUCAAGGGAUCCACCACUGAGUUCAAGAAUCCCAACGCCAUUGGCCAGGCAAUUGCCAAGAACCUGCCGCCGUCCCCGAUGGUGGAAAAGACGAGCAUCGCCGGCCCGGGUUUCGUGAACAUCGUCUUGACGCAAGCGUGGCUGGAAGACCACGUGUUGGGCGUGCUCAAGGGCGCUGGCAUCGCCGCCUGGGCUCCCAAGCUGCCUGUCACGCGGGCAGUGGUGGACUUCUCGUCGCCCAACAUCGCCAAGGAGAUGCACGUGGGGCACCUGCGGUCGACUAUUAUCGGGGAUACGCUGGCGAGGAUGCUGGAGUACUGCCACGUGGAGGUGCUCAGGCGGAACCACGUCGGCGACUGGGGCACACAGUUCGGCAUGCUCAUAGAGUAUCUAUUCGACAAGUUCCCUGACUGGGAAACCAUCGGCGAUCAGGCCAUAGGAGAUCUGCAAGUCUUCUACAAGGCGGCCAAGAAGCGCUUUGAUGAGGACGCGGAGUUCAAGGAGAGGGCGCAGAGGGCGGUGGUGAAGCUGCAGGGGGGCGAGGAGGAGUACCGCAGGGCAUGGGCCAAGAUCUGUGACGUCAGCCGCAAGGAGUUUGAUCUGGUGUACCAACGCCUGGGCAUCAAACUCGAGGAGAAGGGCGAGUCGUUCUACAACUCGCGCAUCCCUGCGGCAUUGGAGAAGCUCAAAGCAGCUGGGCUGGUGGUGGAGAGCGAGGGGGCGCAGUGCAUCUUCGUGGAGGGCCACAAGGUGCCUCUGAUCGUGGUGAAGAGCGAUGGAGGGUUUAACUACGCCACUACUGAUCUCACUUGCCUGCUGUACCGCAUAGAGGAGGAGAAGGCGGAGUGGGUCGUGUAUGUCACGGACGUGGGGCAGUCGCAGCACUUUGACAUGUUCUUCAAGGCAGCCCAAAAGGCGGGCUUCUAUGCUGGCAAGGCCAAGAAGGGCAAGGCAGCAGCAGCGAGUGCGGAUGAAAGCACAGCACCCGCUAUCCGUGUGGACCAUGUGGGGUUCGGGCUGGUGCUGGGCGAGGAUGGGAAGCGGUUCCGCACGCGCAGCAGCGAGGUGGUUCGGCUGGUUGACCUGCUGGAUGAGGCUGUUACUCGCGCCAAGCAAGGGUUGGUUGAGCGAGGUCGGGAGGGUGAAUGGAAGGAUGAAGAGGUCAAUGCAGCAGCGGCUGCUCUGGGUUAUGGGGCAGUCAAAUACGCUGAUCUGAAGAACAACCGGCUGACCAACUACACGUUUGAUUAUGACCAAAUGCUUGAUAUGAAGGGUAACACUGCGGUCUACCUGCUGUACGCGCAUGCGCGUAUCUGCUCCAUCAUUCGCAAGUCUGGGAAGAACGUCCAGGAGAUUGUUCAGAGUGGAACAAAGCUCAGAUUGGACCAUCCGAGUGAGCGGGCUCUUGCGCUCGAGCUCAGCCGAUUCUCGGAGGUUGUUGAGAGUGCAGUGCAGGAUUUGCUUCCAAACACGCUAUGCGAGUAUCUCUACAACCUCUCUGGGAGCUUCACAACGUUCUACACCAACUGCCAGGUGGUUGGCAACGAGUACGAGGAUAGCCGACUCAUCUUGUGUGAAGCCACGGCUGUGUUGCCCAGCACAAUGGCGACCACGACCCUCCCGUCCGGCGUCGGCCCGCUAGCCACGUGCCGACAAUCCUGCCACGUGGACAGCCCGUCAUUCCGCUGCGCGUCGUCCUCCGCUGUUCGGAGGACAGCUUUGCGGAGCGCGCUCGGGGGAAGAUCGCUCAGCGGAAGCUGGCUCGGCAGGAGGGGGACGGGGGGGAUGGGGGACGCGGCGGGAGAGGGGGCAGCGGGAAGGUUGCGCGUGAGAGCGUUGACAGAGGAGGAGGUUGAUGUGGAGGGCGAGAGCAUAGCCGACGACUAUUACUCCAUCCUCGGCUUGACGUGCGACGCGACGCCCGAGGAGAUCAAGCGCGCGUACUACGCGUGCAUGAAGGCGUGCCAUCCGGAUCUCAGCAACAACCACCCCGACAGCGUUGCUUUCUGCUCCUUCGUCAACGAGGUGUACGAGGUACUAAGUGACCCCGAGAUGCGGCUCGUCUACGAUGAGAUUAAGGGCUAUUCGCUGACGUCGAUUAAUCCGUUCAUGGACACGCGGCACGAGAAAGACCAAGUGUUCGUCGACGAGUUCACGUGCAUUGGUUGCAAGAACUGCGCUAACACCGCGGAGGAGACAUUCGAGAUUGAGGAGAUGUGGGGGCGCGCGCGCGUGUGCAACCAGGGCGGCAACGCGCCCGCCAAGAUCCAGGAGGCUGUUGAGACAUGCCCCGUGUCGUGCAUUCACUGGGUGACAGCGCCGCAGCUGGCGCUACUAGAGGACGAGAUGAGGCGCAUGGAGCGAGUGAGCGUCGCCAUCAUGCAGGCGCAGAGCAGCCGCGGAGCUGACGUGUUCAUGCAGGCGAAUUCCAGAUGGGAGAAGAGACGGACCAGAGCGCUGUCCAAGGCCAAGGCGCAGGCAGCAAGGGACGGGAAGGCAGGCAAGUACAACAAGCCGCUGUGGGAGACCAUGAGCGAGGCCAUGGGGAUGGGCGGGGAGCAAACUUCCUGGAGAGGCGACACUGACGCUUGA